AUGUUCCACGAUAUCCAUCUCAGUCAUGGGAUCCCACGUCUACUACGGACGCUUCUUGACCGGCCAGACCUGGCUGACCGGGUGCGACGCUUCAGCAACGAUAAGUAUACGGAUUAUCCAUCAUCGCAGGAGUUCAUUCCGACGCUGUUUAACAACUUGGCAACCCGUUUUGGUCUUGAUGAUGUCUUCACGGAGUUCAGCGAUUGGGUGAUUAAGACUCGGGUAAAUGCUGUUGAACGAGAACUUUGGAUGUUGGAAAUGGCAGUCGCUCUCCUCAAUAAGGUGACAGUCUUAUUCGUUACCAUACUUGUAAGCAAUUUCGAAGACAAAUUUGUCUUUGGAAAGUUAUUCAUGAAGUCCGUUACGAUGAGCUCGGUGAAACGCUUGUUCUUAAGUUGCCAUGGUCACAUCAACUGCAAACUCGACCUGGGCUGCUUGGGCAACUUCUUGGGCAUGAUGCCGCGUCUAGAGAGGCUGGACGUGCAAUUCUGCGGGGGCGCCACACAGUUUCUACCUCUUUACGAGCUACGCUCUCUCAUUUUCGAUCAGAGCAUCAUCAGCGUAGCGAGCUUGAAGAGGCUGGUCAUGUCCUGUCCGAAACUGGAGCGCUUCGAGUACUGCGGCCCUCGGGCCGAGAGCAACAUCGUGGACGUCUUGGAUUUUACAUGGGAAGAGAUGCAGAGUAUACUGGCGCUGCGGAAGAACACACUGAAGCAUAUAAAUGCUGGAUUUCACAAUUUUAUGCUUCCUUACUAUACUGUCAGAGGUGAAUUCGGCAGCUUUGCCGAUUUCAAAGCACUCGAAAAGCUGUUGGUGGAAGUGUUUAGCUUAGACCCUAUUGGCGAUUUCGCUGACCUGUUGCCCGAAUCACUCACCCUUCUCGGAAUACGAUAUAUACAAGAAGAAUGGAAUGGAGUAGAGGAACUGGCAAAUGCGGUGAGGAGUGGACGCUUUUCACAUCUCAAAAAGGUGGUGCUGGAUCUUGGCCAAGAAGAGUUUGAAGUGGCGCGAAAGCAGCUGGAUACUGCUAGCAUCGCUUGCGUGAGAUACAACUAUCGCCCUCGUCAUUUUGGUAAUUUCUUCCAUGUAAGUAGUAUUUGUCUUGUCGUUUUGUUUGAGCAUUUGACUGGCAAUGAUGAUUAA